AGGAAGGAGGGGUAUCAUAAACGACUCAUACACUGACGAAUCGUCGAGCCUAGAAGAAGAAGCAUUGAUUCUUUGGUAUACAACGAAAAAUUUCGACAUCUUUUUCUUCUACUAUUUUUCUUCGACAUUUGAAGUGAGUAGACAAGUUACAACACUUUUUUCUUUCUUUGUAGAACCAACGCAUUCUACCUUUUUAAAAGUUUUAAAACAACUAGUUGUUGAAUACUCUAGGUCACGAAGAACACAAUGGGACGCAACAAGCCAACGCACUUUGUCACACGCCAGAAGAAGCUGGCAAAGCGACUAGAGAACAGUGGACGAAAGCAAAAUGCGGUACGAAAACAGGAUGCAAAAACAGGAUCAAACAAGGGCCAAGGCGGUAAAGUACUAGCAGGAGGCUCGUCUUCCAAGAAGACUUACCUGGCCGCCCGUUUAGAGACGAAGGUAAAGGACUUGCAGCAAUCCCGCGACCUGAUCGACAAGCUGCAACAGACACAACAGCGACAAGAGGAAUACGAAGCGGCGAGAGCAGAGGCAGACAGGAUAAAACGCGAGGAAUUGGAAGAGGCGGGUGACACCAAUAGAAAUCGGGAAGCCGAAAACACGCGACGAAAAUUCUACCAAGAAUUGCGGAAAGUCGUCAACAGCAGCGAUGUUCUUAUUCAGGUACUUAAUUCUAAAAAAAUAACGCCAUGUUGAGUUGUAUAUUCCGGAAGACGCAAGUAGCGCAAUACAAACAAUGUAAAAAUACAAGAGAAAGAUCUCACAUAUAAUUCUAAAACAACGCCAUGUUGUGGCUUCUCUCACAGAAGCCGAGGUGUGCUGCCCCUGGGCAUCUUAUCCUGGCUUCCUAGUAUUACUUAGACUUUCUUUACUCCACAUGUCCUCAGACUCAGAGUCAGAUUGAAGUGAUUUCUUCUGGUGAUAUAAAAAAACAGGUCUUAGACGCACGCGACCCAGAUGCUUGCCGCAACCGUGCUAUUGAGCGAGAGGUCUUGUGCGACAAGAGUAAAAAGAUGAUUCUCCUCUUAAACAAAGUUGAUUUGGUUCCGCGCGAAGCGGCAGCUGCGUGGAUGUCUCGCCUGCAACGAGAGUUCCCGACGUUGCUGUUCAAAUGUGGUUCAGCUAGAGGAACUAACGUGACCUCCGCAACCAAUGCGAAAGACGGCCAACUGCAGUCAAGCACUGCAGUUCUAGGUGCAGACACACUUCUGCAGCUUCUCUUAUGGCAGGAGAAAUAAGUUUUAUACGACAAAUUAUAUUUUUACCAAAAGCAAAUUUUUAUGCUGAAGAGAAUCCCCGAUUCCUUUUUGCUUGACUUCUUUGUUUUCCUUUUUUCAGGUUGUAACUUCUUUCUCACCUAACGAGUAUCAUAGAUAUCAAGCACAUGAUAGAUCCAAAAAUCGUAAUCGGAUUAUAUACAUACUUUGAGUAUCAUCUUCAUUCCUCUAAUUCCCAAAAACUAUUCGAGAACGGCAGGCGGCAGUAAGAAAAGUAUUGCGGUUGGCAUUGUUGGGUAUCCAAAUGUCGGAAAGUCCAGUGUCAUCAACAGUCUUAAGCGAUGCACCGCGGUCAAAGCAGGAAACACAGCAGGAGUGACGAAAGCGUAUUCUUGCGUUUUUUUACUCUAGUAUAGGCACCUCUAGUAUAGGUAGUACAAUCGUCAUCAUCAUACCCACAAAACAACUGGUGAUCAUGACUCAACAUUUGGGAUAUCAUCAUUGCUAUUUUGUGACUUAAGUACAACAUUACUCACUAUGAGUAAGUAAUCUAGAAAUUCGCUUCUGAAUAACUAUGGCCACGUCUCAACAAAAACCAGUAGGAAGAAGACCAAGAUUAGAUGUUCUUAAUCUACUAGCAUGAAGAAACCUUCUUAGGUGCGUAUGAUAAAUUAGGUAAUAUUUCCUCCAUCCUUCGUCUCAGGUACCAAGAAGUAAUUCUCGACUCCAAGAUUCGCUUGAUCGAUAGUCCUGGUGUCGUGUUUAGCGGUAAGACAGAGGACCCUAGUCACGUUCUUCGGAACGCUGUCAAGGUUGAGGCGCUUAAAGAUCCAGUCCGCGUCUUAGAACUGCUAGCCGAGCAGAUCUCUCUGGGCAAAUUGCUAGAGCAUUUUGAGGUUUUCCUAGAAACGACGACGAAUGACGUGGACAUGGCUAGUGAAGGUGUCCUUGGAUCGUCCUCGUCGUCACCAAGCGCGAACAAGAGCAAUGCUACUCCUGGUGCGUCAACAUCUUCAAAGGGCAAGACCAGUAGAUCACAGUCAAUACGGCAUUUGGAGUCCGUGCGCGAGUUUUUGAUUGAAAUUGCGACUAGCAGAGGGCAAUUGAAGCGGGGAGGCGCCCCAGACCUUUCUCGCGCGGCUGUGCUGGUUUUAAAGGAAAUCGCCUGUGGAAAGUUCCGCUACCACGUGAUGCCCCCACCAGAUCUGUCUGACGAGAUGGAUGACGUUAAGGCUUUCACAUCCAUGUUUUCACAUCCAUGUUUUCACAUCCAUGUUUUCACAUCCACGUAUUCAUGUCUAUUCGAAAACUCAAAAUAAGCGAGCUACUGACUGAAAUAAGUAGAGAGGCUUGACUACAUUCCUCUUCUUUCAGUAUCUCGCUUAUUUUCAAUAGUUACUCGGUUAUUUCAGUUUUUCGAAUACUUAAGAGGUGUACUAUCAUUGACGCAUUGAUUUUGAUUUUUGAAGGGGAAAGUCUUUGACUCGUUGUAGUUUCAUCUUUUCAUCAAAGGGAAAACCAACGGACGCAUGUUGAUUUUUGAAGGGGCAAGAUGCACCUUCAAGAGAUGCACCUCAUUCUUAAGAGAUGAAUGAAUAUUAUAGGAUGGAAGGUCUAAGAAUAACGGGAUGGACCUGGACGGGCACGGAGAUGGUGGCGCCUUCACUUCCUCCAAAAAGGAGAUCGUGCUUUCUCGUGCGGAAUUCAACAUCGACGAGCUCGACUCUGUACGCGUUAUCGGCAAGAAAAGUUCUCCUGACACCGCGUCUAGCAUGGAAGACUAGAGGAUGAACAACAUUUUUGGCCAAUAAAGAAGAGACGAUGUUGUAACAUUUCAUUGUCACAACUUGUUCACAGAUUUGUUUUCCUAGCAUGAUGCAUAAGUAUAAUUAGAAAACCUCGCUUCAACAGUGGGAAGCCGAGAUUUGUAGCGCCUCCACUACCCCUUCUUGCAGGGCACGCUUUUAGAGCUGGCAGCUAAGGUUUCUUCCACUCGUCCCUCUAG